AUGGUAGAACCAGUAAAUCCCUUGUCAGAGCAUGUCCUUGUAAAAGAUAGUUUGGAUUUGUCCUCCUCGUUGGCCAAAACCAACCAACUCGAAGGCUUAUCUAUCGACUCCUCGCUGAUGCCUAAACUUGCAAACGACGGAUUUGUAGCAUAUGACCAUGUGACCUUCUAUGUGUCUAAUGCAAAACUAAGCUCUCGGUUCUUCAUAAACUCUCUAGGGUUUUACCCCAUAGCCUACAAGGGAUUGGAAACUGGCUCCAAGAAUAUCUGUCAUCAUGUUGUAUCUAACGGAUCUGUGACGUUCCAGUUCGUUAGUACAUUAAGAUCAUUUAGUGACAACAAAAACGAGGAUCUGAUGAUCAAGGAAAUUCAAAAUCACGUUGCAAAACACGGGGAUGGGGUGAAGGACGUUGCUUUUCAAGUGGAGAAUGUUUCACAUGUAUUUGAGUUGGCAGUAGCAAAUGGAGCACGGCCAAUCUUGAAACCUACAGCUCUAGAAGAAGAAGGGUCUACUUUGGUAAUAGCCAAAGUUGGAGCAUUAGGUGACGUUGUGCAUACUUUGAUCAAUCGAAGUCAGUAUAAAGGUGUGUUCAUGCCAGGGUACAUAUCAUAUGAGGACGCCUUUGGCCAUGACUACAUGCAGACGGUGACAGAAUUGAACGAAAAAGUGCUACCAAAAGUUUCAUUUGCUUGCAUAGAUCAUUGUGUCCAAAACCAAGACUGGAAUGAGAUGUUUCAAUCCUGCGAGUUUUAUGCCAAAGCGUUUGGAUUUCACCAAUUUUGGUCGGUAGAUGAGAAUGUGAUAUGCACCCAAUAUUCAGCAUUGAGGUCAACAGUGAUGGCCUCAAGCAACGAACUGGUAAAAAUGCCUAUAAACGAGCCUGCAAAGGGACUUAAGAAGUCCCAGAUAGAGGAGUUCUUGGACUUUUAUGAGGGCCCCGGUGUGCAGCAUAUAGCGCUGCUGACCCCCAAUAUCGUCUCCACAGUGAAGAACAUGAAAUUUAGAGGUGUGGAGUUUAUAAACGUUCCACCCAAAUACUACUCUAGAUUGCGGCAGCGUCUCCUAGAAACAAAACGGAACUACGAAAUUAAAGAAUCCCUCGAUGAGUUGGAAAAGGCUGGAAUUCUGGUUGAUUUUGACGAGAACGGUUACCUCUUGCAGUUAUUCAGUAAACCGAUGCAGGACCGGCCGACCUUAUUCUUGGAAGUGAUCCAACGAGAAAACCAUAACGGGUUUGGAGCAGGCAAUUUCAAAGCAUUGUUUGAGACUUUGGAAUUGGAGCAGCAGCGAAGGGGAAAUCUGGUCUAA